GAAACCAAUAGAGAUAAAGUGUACACCCAGCCAGUUUGAAGCUUGUAAAGGGAAGUCUGAAACCACUUACUCAUGAACAAACAACUGCUCCUGAAAUAAAAAUGAUUAUUCCACAAGUCUUACUUUUAAUGAUAUGUACUUCCAGUCCUAAAGCAGAGGUGCACGCUAUCACUAAGAAGGUCCAUCAGGGAGAAAAUGUAACUCUGCAAUGCGAUGUCCGGCAUGGCCAGGAGACAUCAUGGUGCAGGCAGCAUCCCGAACAAGUACCUGUUGUGAUCUUUCAAGAUGCUUUAAACAUCCGAAGCUCUGAGCCAGACCCAGAGUACCACGAUGGCUUUGGACCUCGUUUCUCUUCCGUUCUGAACCGCACGACCUGGACAGUCAAUCUGAAGAUUGAGAAUAUUUCUGAGUGGGAUUUUGCUCUGUAUUUCUGCACUGUCCGAGUAAAAGGAGAUAUCCGAUUCGGAAAUUCAACCCAUCUUGUGUCUGCAGAAGACACAGGAGAAUCUGUUCCCCUCCCCCUGUGCUGGACACUGCUCGGUACCUCGCUCUUUGUCACAGCCAUUUCCUGUGUUGCCUUUUGUGGUUUUCACAUAUUUCAACAAGAAAGAGUGAAAUCCAAACCUAGUGCCACCAGAAAAUCCAAUAGACAUGAAUCAGAUUAUCAGGCCCACGCUGCCAAUGUCGAUCUGGAAAGUGAGUACCAGGAACUUACACACAAAGACAGUGCAUUGUAUGCAGCGUGUGUGAAAAAGGAACAACCAAGAAGAGACUGAUCAACAGCUGCAGUUAAUGACCAUCAUAGAAAUGCUUUAUUUAUGAGUCACGCCAGCAGUGCUCUAUGUACACUAGAAUCCAAGCAUGGGCAGAUGAAUAACUGGGUGUGUGGGUGGGCAGCAUUUGUUACCCAUUUCUCAUCACUCAAACCCCUUGCUUGGUCAUCUUGUCCCAUCUUUAAAUAUAUAAGAUUUUAGUGAAAAGAAGUAGUGUGGAGUAGUGUGGAUGUGUGGUUAGGGCUCUGGACUCUUGACCGGAGGGUUGUGGGUUCAAUCCCAGGUGGGGGACACUGCUGCUGUACCCUUGAGCAAGGUACUUUACCUAGAUUGCUCCAGUAAAAAACCCAACUGUAUAAAUGGGUAAUUGUAUAUAAAAAUAAUGUGAUAUCUUGUAACAAUUGUAAGUCGCCCUGGAUAAGGGCAUCUGCUCAAAAAAAUAAUAAUAAUUGACCAUUGAUUUUUAGGAGCAUCACAGAGAUCAAAUCUCCCACCCAGUCAUUCUCCGUGGGAAGUAGCUGUGAAAACAUGUGCAGACUGAAAAUGUUGCAUGUGUUUGAAAAGGGUAUGAGCAUAUCUACAGGGGUACCAAGAUUUUUAGGGAGCAAGCAAGGGUUCCCAGUGGGGUAAAAUAAUAUUGUAAGGCGGUUCCAGGCACACAACACAAGACAGUUUUUAUUAAUCAUGUUUACGACAGGAUAAUGAGUAUAAUAAGAUGUGAAAUGGCGAGUUACAGAAUUCUAACUCUUAUAAAUUUGGUUUUGAGGUGGAACGAUAAGUCCUUCAAAUAAAAAAUAUUUGGUUCUUUGUUUUUUUGUUUUGUUUUUUUACGUUGGCUCAGAACUCCCACCCUAUAUCAAAAAUGUAACUGCUGAUGUGGGUCACAUGGUCUUGCUGCAGCUUGACCAUUCCAAUGAAAUUGACCUACAGAACAGGAUGUGUCGUAUUGGAAAUUAUACAACAGUGGAACUGCCUGCCCACUUACCUCAAUGGGGAGUCUAAGUCGGUAUUCUUUGAUAGUACAGGAUUGAUGUGAGUCUCCACUGAAUCAAAGUUUCAAAGGGCCUGUCUAUAUCACUUCAAUAAAACCGACACUGACCUUUCUCUACGUGUUAAAAAAAAAAAUUGAUUAAUUUUCUCAUUAACUAUAUUGUUAUGAGAACUUGCUUUAAUUUUGUUAGUCUAAAUAGAACUGUUAAUUCUGCAAAUCCAGCCCUUCAGAUGCUUCUAUGAUGCCUCAAUAUAAAAUAACAAACUGAAGCCUAAAAAUGAUAAAUGUCUUAGUGUUUUACUACCCACAAUGAUGAUAAAGCUGCGUUUUCUAUGUAUUGAGCUUCCCUGCUCUGAUUACAGGCACGUCUAAACUAGACUGUCCUCAAAAUAGAACUGUCUGUAGCCAAAAUGAAGGGUUUCAUAUUUUUUUCUACAAAGAAAUAUUGAUUUAGAAUGUAUCAAAUUACAUAAAUACAGCUUCAAAUAAAAAAUGUAUUUGGUGGUUAAUUGGGUAACUGAAGCCAAAUCAUUAACCAAAUUCCAUUUGGUAUUACAAAGAAUGAACCCUGUGUCUGUCAAACCCAGUGUGGUGUCUUUCUAUCAUGUCACACUUGGCCACAUUGGAGGAGACUGAUUCUCCACCUUCCUAAUCCCCAAGCAUCUGUAUGUUGCCUUGUGUU